UGUAAAUGUAAGCCGCGUAUCGACUACGCGCUCCAUGAAGUCGAACAUUGGCGCGCGUUCCAGCCGGGUGAAAUGGAUACCGCCUUGGAACGCGCGCCAAAUUGUUCGUUGGAACGGUCAAACGUGGAGCGGACCGCUCCAUCUGGUGUCGGUUUUAUAACGCGUAUCAAAGGAGGUUCAGUAAUCAGUAUUGGCUCGCGCGUCAGUUGAGACGGUUGUUCCGGAAUUAUUGUGGAAUAGCAAAAGUCCUUUUUAUCAUAAUAAAGCGCUCAGAGAAGAUGCAUGGAGAGAAAUAAGCCCUGAAAUAGGAGUAUCUGUGCCAGAACUGAAGAAAAAAAUGACCGUGCUCUUGUCAUCUUACAGAAGAGAAAAAUGGAGAAUAUCUAAAAAAAAUACUGGCUCUGGUCGAGAUAGUAUUUAUGUAUCAAAAUGGUUUGGUUUUGACGAUUUCAGUUUUAUGCAAGACAAGCUUACACCCAAUAACACAACAGACACUAUGCAGGAACCUACAUCACAUAAUCAAGGUGAAUCUUCACAAGGAACUUCACAAGAAACUUUACAACAAAAUAAUGAAGAAAAUAUUGUAGGGAGGUCAGAUAAUAUGAAUGAACAAUCAAAAGAGGUUGAUACCUCCAAGGUUCCAGAAAAACCUGCUAAGAACGCAAAGAAACGAAAACAUGAUGAAGAGGAAAACGAAAUGUUGACGGAAGCAUUUAAAAUUCCUACUGAAACGUCUCAAGCUACUUACUGAUCCAUAUUUCAGUUAUGGCCAGCACAUAGCAAAUGAAUUGAGAAAGUAUGACAAUCACACUUUAAUAUACGUGAAACAAGCAAUAAAUAAUGUCAUUUUUGAGGCUGAUUCAGGCAAGUACAGUCCAACCUAUCGGUACACGACACAACAAGAUAUUCAAAGUUCCUCAACACCUGCUUUACAUGAUGAUUCCUCAGCCACAAUGUCUCCUAAUGAUAAUGGACAAUUAUUAUUAUUACAAUAGUUAUUAUU